AUGGCCGUCGAUCGCCAAGAUGCAAGUGUCGCCAAGGAUGCAACGCUCUCCCAGAGCGACGAAGAGCAGGAGUCAACCAGAGACGCGCGAGUCUUGGAAAACUUGGGCUACAAGCCGGUCUUACACAGGACGUUCAAUGUUUUCCACAACUUUGCAACAACAUUCGCCGCUCUAUACUUCAUUGGUGGCGUCCGAGUUACCUUUGCCACGGGUAUAGCAGCAGGAGGCAAUCUCGCAUACUGGACGAGUUUCCUGGUGACCUGUGUCUUCACCUUCAUCACCGCUGCCGUAAUUGCAGAGAUUUGCUCCUCGCUCCCUCUUGCAGGAUCCAUCUACAUGUGGGCAGCCGAAGCCGGAGGACCCCGUUACGGCAGGUUCUUCGGCUUCAUCGUCGCGUGGUGGAGUACCACAGCCUGGACAACGUUCUGUGCCAGCAACACCCAAUCUGCUGUCAACUACAUGCUCUCUGAGAUUGUGGUCUUCGAUCUCGACUUCCCGUCAGACACAUCAAGCGUCAAAUUCCGGGCUGUCCAGUGGAUAACCACAGAGGUGAUGCUCGCUCUGGCAGCCAUCUGGAAUCUCUUGCCCCCACGCUACUUCAAGUGGAUCUUCUACAUGUCCACCUCCUUCGUCCUCCUCGACUUUGUCCUGAACAUGAUCUGGUUGCCCGUUGCAACCAGCAAGAGCGAGUACGGCUUCCGCUCGGCCCACGAUGCCUUCCUGACCACCUACAACGGGACGGGCGCCCCGGCGGGCUGGAACUGGUGUCUCUCGUACCUCGCCACGGCCGGUAUCCUCAUUGGUUUCGACGCUUCCGGACACGUGGCCGAGGAGACCAAGAACGCCAGCGUCGCAGCCGCGCAGGGCAUCUUCUGGAGCACGGUCACCAGUGGCGUUGGCGGCUUCAUUGUGGUGAUCUUGUUUUUGUUCUGCGUUCCCGACGCGGACACUUUCUUCUCUUUCGGAAGUACUCAGCCGUUCGUGCCCCUGUACGCAGCCAUUCUCGGCGAGAGAGCGCACAUCUUCAUGAACAUCAUCUGUAUUGUUGCCCUCUGGUUUAAUACCGCCAUUGCCGUUCUCGCUGCAUCGCGUCUGGUCUUUGCGGUGGCCCGCGAUGGCGUCCUGCCCUGGUCCCCUUGGGUCUCCAAGGUCGUCGACGGGCAGCCGCGUAAUGCCGUCUUGGUCGUCUGGGGCGUGGCCUCCGUCAUCACCUGCACCAUCCUCCCGUCGUCCGUGGCAUUCACGUCCCUCGUCUCGGCAGCGGGAGUCCCUUCGGCUGCCGCCUACGGUCUGAUCUGCAUCUGCCGUCUUCUCUUGACACCGAAGCACUUCCCGAAGCCGGCGUGGAGCCUGGGCCGUUUGAGCAAGCCCUUCCAGGCCAUUGCCGUUCUGUGGAACGGAUGGGUUGUGGCGGUGCUGUUCUCGCCGUAUGUCUUCCCCGUCGAGGCGUCGACUCUCAAUUAUGCCCCGGUGAUUAUGGGCAUCGUGACCAUUUUUGCCAUUCUCUCUUGGUGGUUCAUCCCUGCCGAUAAAUGGCUUCCGUCCCAGCGUAUCCAAGAAACAUUGCUUGCUGGAGAGCGGGCAGCUGAAGAGUAG